GAAAACGGCGCACACUGUCGCAAGGUGUCACUUGUGUCGGGUAAAUUUCUUAUUCGUCGCCUCCAUCGUGUUGAAUUUGCAAGGAAAGGUCUGCUAGCGAUCUCGGUUUGACACUCGCUACCGGUCCAACAUACAUGGUCCGAGCGUGUCACGAAACAGGAGGGAUUCUGGUGUUCAAAGUGCACACCAUUUUAUGAUAGUCAAUGUAUCUGACUUCAAGGAUAGUCUGAUCCAAAUCGACUAAUAACAGUGCCAUUCACGUUGUGGAUGGGUGUGCGAUAGCAAACUAACGUUACUGUAUAACUCCAAAAGAGGGACAGAGCCUCAUCUAUGAAGAUGGACAUUGCAGACGAAGGGGAUAUAUGUCGCGUGUGUCGUUCAGAGGGGACCCCAGACAAACCGUUGUACCACCCCUGUGUCUGCACUGGCAGCAUCAAGUUCAUCCACCAGGAAUGUUUGGUCCAGUGGCUGAAGCACAGCAGGAAGGAGUACUGUGAAUUAUGCAAGCACAGAUUUGCUUUCACACCAAUCUACUCCCCAGACAUGCCCCCCCGGCUGCCCAUCCAGGAUAUCUGUGCUGGCCUGCUGACCAGUGUGGGCACAGCCAUACGAUACUGGUUUCACUACACACUGGUGGCCUUCGCAUGGCUGGGGGUGGUCCCCCUCACUGCAUGUCGAAUCUACAAGUGUCUGUUUACCGGCUCUGUGACCUCGCUCCUGACGCUGCCUUUGGACAUGCUCUCCACAGAUAACCUGCUGGCAGACUGUCUGCAGGGCUGUUUCGUGGUGACGUGUACACUGUGUGCGUUCAUCAGUCUGGUGUGGCUCAGGGAGCAGAUAGUCCAUGGAGGUCCCCCCCUGUGGCUGGAGCACCACCAGCAGCCCCAGCCCAAUGCAGCCGGACAACAGCCCAACGAGGUAACACACACACACACGUUCAUCACACACACACAUACACACAUUUACAGCCCCUCCAUCCACAUUGCUCCCCUGCAGGCUGCCGGUCAAGGAGCAGCUGAUGAACCCCCUGCCCCUGCCAACCCCCCAGCUCACGAGGCAGAGGCAGAGCCCCCGGACGGCCCCCCAGAACAGGGGGAGGAGCCAGAACUAGACAACGAGGAAGAGGAGGGGGCGGCUGCCGACGAUGUGGAUGCCAACAACGGGGCUCAGGAUGAUAUGAACUGGAAUGCUCUAGAAUGGGACAGAGCAGCAGAGGAGCUCACGUGGGAGAGGAUGCUUGGACUCGAUGGCUCCUUGGUUUUCUUAGAGCAUGUGUUCUGGGUUGUGUCUCUGAACACUCUCUUCAUCCUGGUCUUCGCGUUCUGUCCAUACCACAUUGGCCACUUCUCUGUCAUGGGCCUUGGCUUUGAGGAAUAUGUCCAAGCCUCCCAAUUCGAGGGCCUGAUCACAACCAUCGUAGGGUACAUCCUGCUGGCCAUGACGCUCAUCCUCUGUCACGGGUUCGCUGCUCUGGUCAGGUUCCAGCGGUCCCGCCGUCUACUAGGGGUCUGCUACAUCGUUGUCAAGGUCUCACUGCUUGUUGUCGUGGAGAUAGGAGUUUUCCCCCUCAUCUGUGGCUGGUGGCUCGACAUCUGCUCUUUAGAGAUGUUUGAUGCGUCUCUGAAGGACAGAGAGCUGAGUUUUAAGUCUGCUCCAGGCACCACCAUGUUCCUGCACUGGCUGGUGGGAAUGGUCUAUGUCUUCUAUUUCGCAUCCUUCAUCCUCCUACUGAGAGAGGUGCUGAGGCCUGGGGUCCUGUGGUUUCUGAGAAACCUGAACGAUCCAGACUUCAACCCAGUCCAGGAGAUGAUCCACCUACCUAUCUACAGACACCUCCGCAGGUUCAUCCUGUCUGUGGUGGUGUUUGGCUCUAUUGUUCUCCUGAUGUUGUGGCUGCCCAUCAGGAUGAUCAAGCUCCUCCUCCCUGCCUUCCUGCCCUACAACGUCAUGCUUUACAGUGAUGCUCCAGUCAGUGAGUUGUCUCUGGAGCUGUUGCUACUGCAGGUGGUUCUGCCAGCUCUCCUGGAACAAGGUCACACACGCCAGUGGCUCAAAGGUCUGGUCAGGGCCUGGACCGUCAGCGCUGGAUACCUAUUAGACCUCCACUCUUACCUGCUCGGAGAACAGGAAGACAAUGAUGCUAACCAGCCUGUCAACAACAACCCUGCUCCCGGUCACCAUAACAACAACAACGCUAACCCCGCCCCUGCUGUGGGGGAGGGGCUUCAUGCAGCCCAUCAGGCCAUACUACAGCAGGGAGGACCUAUAGGUUUCCAACCCUACCACCGGCCCCUACGCUUCCCUUUCAGGAUCGUCUUGCUGAUAGGGUUCAUGUGUAUCACCCUGCUGGUUUCCAGUCUGGUGUGUCUGACGUUACCAGUGUUUGCGGGCCGUUGGCUGAUGUCAUUCUGGACAGGCAGCUCGAAGAUCCAUGAGCUGUAUACAGCAGCGUGUGGUCUGUACGUGUGCUGGCUGUCCAUCCGCGGUGCCAGCGUGCUGUUGGCCUGGAUGCCCCAGGGACGCACCAUCAUCAUGGUCAAAGUCCAGGAGUGGAGCCUCAUGAUUCUGAAGACCCUGGUAGUAGCGUUGCUGGUGGCUGGUGUUAUCCCUCUACUGCUGGGCCUGCUGUUUGAACUGGUCAUCGUUGCUCCCCUACGCGUUCCUCUGGACCAGACGCCUCUCUUCUACCCCUGGCAGGACUGGGCUCUGGGGGUGCUCCAUGCCAAAAUCAUCGCUGCCAUCACCCUCAUGGGUCCACAGUGGUGGCUGAAGACUGUCAUAGAGCAGGUGUACGCUAACGGCAUCAGGAACAUCGACCUCCAUUUCAUCAUCUGUAAGCUGGCUGCCCCUGUCAUCUCGGUGCUGCUGCUGUCCCUGUGUGUCCCCUACGCCAUAGCAGCCGGGGUCGUACCUGCCGUAGGUCUGUCAGGUGUGUCAGGUGUGACUCCAGAGAUGCAGAUUCUGAUACAGAGGAGGAUCUACCCAUUCCUCCUGAUGGUGGUGUCCAUCAUCGGCAUCCUCUCCUUCCAGAUACGACAGUUCAAACGUCUUUACGAACACAUCAAGAACGACAAGUACCUGGUUGGCCAGCGGCUUGUCAACUACGAACGCAAGGCUAGGGGAGCCAGCUCUGUCCCGCCCCCUAACUCUACCCCAGAGUAGUCAAGUUUGCUUUUGGAAACCACCCAUCUCGUGUUCUCUCUCUCUCUCUCCCCCUCGCUCUCUCUCUCUCCCCCUCGCUCUCUCUCUCUCCCCCUCGCUCUCUCUCUCUCCCCCUCGCUCUCUCUCUCU